AUGGAGGCCGAGUCUCAAGCAGAGAACAUGAAUGAGGAACAAACCUACGAAUGGGAAAGCAUAACAGCAGAGCUAAACAUCACAAAACCAGUGAAUGAGAUUCAAAUAUGUGACGUCCUAGGCAAGAGUCUCGACAAACUGGGAAAAUGGGAAGCAUUCUACGAAAUGUACGCAAAACGGAUGGGUUUCGGCACAAGAAAAGAUGAUGUACGACGUUCUCAAGGAGUCAUUGUAAUGCGCAAGUGGGUUUGUUGUUCCGAGGGUUACAAAAGAAUCACGAUAACGAAAAAACAAAGAAAAAAGAGACCUCAUGAUGUCACUAGAACCGGAUGUCAGGCAGCAUUACGUAUUUUACUCACACAAUCGUCUAACACUUGGAAAUGCGAAGAGUUCAGCACAAUACACAAUCACGACCUCGCUUCAUCAAGUGAGGUACAAUUUUUGAGAUCAUACCGAGUAGUGUCCGAUAGAUUUCUUGCCCAAGUUAGGUCGAUGAACUCUGUUGGAAUUAAAACUGCCAACAUAAUGUCUCAUGUUGCUUUGCAAAGCAGAGGUUACGAGAGAAUGCCAUGUCAACUUCGAGAUGUCUACAAUAGGGUUGCUGGUGCCAAGCGAGAAGACAAGAUAGAGACGGACUCGGAAGGAGCGUUGGGAUUUCUUGAUUGUCUCGCAGAGAGGGAUCCAAAUUUCUUUGUUGUAUAUCAGGUGGACGAGGAGAAUCGAUUGGCUAACUUAUUUUGGGCACAUGGAAACUCACGUGUCGACUAUGUGGCUUUUGGGGAUGCCAUCAUGGAACACAUGCCUGAUGUUACACACCGUCUAUGUGCUUGGCAUCUCAAUACAAAUGCUUCCAAAAAGGUUAAAGAUCCGAUCUUCUUGAAAAGAUUUAAAGAUCUAAUGUACAACUACUACGAGGAGGAGGAUUUUGAAGCAAGAUGGUCAGACGUCGUCGAAACCCAACAACUAACAGAUAAUGAAUGGUGCUAA